CGCAUCCUAGCAAAAAUAGUAAGCUCCUUGCUCUUGUAUCAGUGUGUGUGUGUGCCUUAAAAACACGUGUUCACAUACAAACCAAACUCAGUAUCAACUGAACGUUUCAUACUUAAACACACUAAAGUGCAGUCACUCAGUCAGUACAGUGUAGUUGUCAUCAUAUCAGUGACUUUACCGUGUGGUGCAAAAAAGGAAAAACGAUAGUGCAAUCAUGUUUGAAAAACAAAACGAAUUAUUAUUACCAUCAAUCUCAACAUUUUUAUCAUUAAAAAGUGAUACAAACAAUAAUCAAUAUAAAUAUGGUGAAACAACAUGCCGUUGUUUAUUCGGACCACCGGAUACAUUAGAAUUACGUGAAGUAUGUGAAAAACAAGAACAACUAGAACGUGAACGUUUAUUAAAUCGUUGGGGUAUCGAUUGGAAAACUGGACAAUUAGUACCAAUUGAAUCAAAUAAUCAUGUACGCUCAAUAACAUCAUCCUCGAAACAUAAGACACGUAAAGCGAAACGUUUACAAGAAACACAACAAAAUAAUUUAGAAAAUAUUGAAAAUAAAUAUCCAACUGAUAGUAUAAUUAUGAAAAGUGUACGGGAAAUUGAUAUGUUACAAGAGAAUAUACGUCAACCAUUUACAGUAAUGACAAAUCGAACGAAUUUAUUAGCAAGAUCGGUACGAAAAAAUUUAUUCCCAUCAACAGCGAAUACUAGUCAGAAUGAUGAAAAUUCAACAGUAAAUAGAAAUGUGCCAGUACGAAGUUCAAUUAAUAAACCAUAUAAUAAACAGUUACAAAUUACAGACUUUUGGAGAAUACGUAAAUCACCACCAGUACCAGGAAAAAUGGAUACAAAGAAAGUAUUAACAGAAACACGAAAAUCACCAACCACCGCCACCAAAAGUCGAAGGAAAUUAAAUUAUUAAAUUUAAUGAGUUAAAUUUGUUUUUACUGUUUAAGCAAUAUUAUUGAUGUUACAAAACAAUUUGCAAUUUAGUAUAAAUAAAAUUAAUUAAAAUUGUUAUACAAUAGGGUAUUCCACUAUUUUUGAAAAAGUACCUCAAAAUGUUGAUUUUGCUAAUAAAAAGCCACCAAAAAU